UAUAUAAAUAUCACUUUCAAACGGACUAUUGUAGUCUAAAGGACGAUGAUGGUCUAUUUUCACUCAGCGUUGGGGAUCUUCUUCUUCUUCAUUGUUAAGUUUGUUUUUUGGAAGCUGAAUCUUUGCUGUGAAAACGUGAGUCGUAACUACGUUUAUGUUUUAUUGUGCAUUCAUAAGGUGUUGGUUGGUGGUAGGCAAGAGUGGUGGUGGCAUUAUUGUUGCAGAGCUAAAAACUUCGAUUAUUCCAACGCUGGAAAGGUUUACCUGGAAGCGGUGGACUGGAUCGAUCGGCUUAACGCCUUCAUGGGGAUUUGCUAUUUCGAUCCAAAAGUUAGCCGACUGCAGCCCCGGUUCAUUUGGGGCAUUACCACACUGUUCAUUUACAUUUAUCUGGCCUUUGAGAGCACCUACUGGUACCGGAAUGAUGUCGAAAAGUUGCUGUUGUGCAUCACGACUCACGGCUUUUCAGUUCAGAUGGCAUCGAAAGUGUACACCUUCAUCAUUAACCGAAGCCAGGUCGUCGAAGUGAACACAAUGAAUAGGGAUUAUUUCGAAAUGGAAACAACCAAAUCUGUCACAGUUCAGAACUCCCACAAAUCCAGUGCCACGAUUGCUUACAUUCUACUCAAGAUGACCGCCGCUUGUUACAUCAUUCUCGUCGGUCUAAUCGUCCUUGGCCCAGCAAUCGGCGGAGCCAUCGUUUCGGAGAAGAUCCUCCCGUUUGGAUUCGAACUGUCCCAUUCCAAUGCAUGGCCGGCCUACAUCAUGAAUUUGGCUUUUCAUGUCAAUUGCGGGUUCUACGUAGCUUUCCUGACGACCUCCUCGGAUUCCACAUUCAUCCUGUAUCUUUUGACGGCUGUUGGACAAAUCGACGCCAUUUCGGGACUUCUCAAUGAGUUGAACGAAAUGUUGGAGAAAAACGCCUCUGAGGAGGUAAUUUCGCUUCAGCUUAGACGAAUUUUCCAACUGCAUCAGCAUCAUUUCGCGUACAUGAGAAUGUUUAAGAACAUGUUUCAGUACUACUUUAUGAUGGCGAUUACGAUGCUGUAUUUUUGCAUGUCGAUUUGUUUGGCAGCUUUUGUUCUGAUCAACUGGUACAUGGGCGUCCUGGUUUUUUGCUUCUGCUCAGCGCAAAUAUUCUACAUGUGUUUUCUUGGAACUGCGCUGCAAUCAAAGACAGAGUUUCUGAUGAAGGAGAUUGACUCCUUUAGCUGGUAUCGGCUAUCGGUUCCCAACCAAAAGUUUGCCAUUUUGUUUCUGGCAUCAGCGCAGAAUCCGAUUCUGCUAUCAGCCGCUAUGGUUAAGCUGAAUGUGGCAACGUAUUUACAGGUCCACAAAUCGGUUUACUCGUUCUUGAUGCUGCUGUUGAGAAUCAAGCAAUAAAAUGGUGAAUUACUGUAACAUGGAGCUUUUAUCACCACACCAAGUUUGAAUAAAUUAUAAUCACUUUUGUAUCACACGUUAAAUGCAGUACACUUCUGUGUCUGUACCGUUAAGAAUUAAAAUUUACUUGUUCACUUGUUACAUGAAUUCGUUGCAACCGUUUGUAGCCCAAGUUUGAAAUGAAAUAAACUUAAAGUGAAUAUCACCAAAACUCAUAUGGA